ACUAUCACAAAUCAAGUUUGCUCCUUUGCAAAAGCCAAAGUUUCGAUCUUUCUGCUACAAUUAUCCAAAGAUGAGCAAGAACAAUAAGAAGAAGAGAAGAUCGGAUUUGAAGAACGGAGGGAUUCUAUUAGAGGAGCUAAUCGCUUCCUUCGACGGCAAAACCAAUCCGAUUCGUUGCUUCUCCUCCGAUCAGAUCCUUAAAGCGACCGACAAUUUCUCCGAGAGCAGAAUAAUUUCCAGCUGGGGAUACUUCAUCUGGUACAAAGGCGUAAUCGAAGAAAUACCAGUUUCAAUCAAGAAAUGGUCGAGUCAGAAUCUCUCAAGCUUCACAGAAGCGUAUCGAGAUAUCUCUGUAUCCUCUCAGAUGAGUGGACACAAGAAUGCUUUAAAGCUUAUAGGUUGUUGUUUGGAAUUUGAUCUUCCAGCUUUAAUCUGUGAAUACACAGAACACGGACCGCUUAAUAGAGACGGAGGACUCGCAAGUGGAGAGGUUUUACCAUGGAAAGUGAGAUUGAAGAUUGCUAAAGAGAUAGCUAGUUCUGUGACUUAUCUCCACACGGCGUUUCCAGAGACUAUAAUCCAUCGGAAUAUAAAUCCGACGAACAUUUUCAUUGACGAGAAUUGGACGGCGAAGCUUUCUGAUUUCUGGUUCUGUGUUGCUAUACCAGAAGGAGAAUUGUAUGUUGAAGAUGAUGUGAAAGGUGUGAUUGGUUUUGUUGAUCCAGAUUAUUACUGGACAAUGAAAGUUACUGAGAAAGUUGAUAUUUAUAGCUUUGGUGUUGUGAUGUUGGUUUUGUUGUCUGGAAGAGCUGCUGUCUUUAAUGGACCAGAUGAGGCUCCUAUGUCGCUUAACGAUCAUGUGUCUGAGGUAAUGGAGAAAGCUGUUGAGAGUGGAUUAAUGGAGUUUCUCUGAGGAGUUUACACACAUGAAAUUUGGUGCUCUUAAGGAUAAUCCUUGUAGAGAGUCUUUACGAUGGAUUGGUUGACAACAAAAAGAAUCGGAGCCAAAACAAGGAAGAGGAAUGUCAAAGAGAAUGGCGAGGUUGUUCUAAAAGAGCUCAUUGAAUGUUGUGAUGGAAAAUGCAAUCCUAUCAAGAACUUCUCUUACGAUCAGAUCAUCAAAGCAACAGAUAACUUCUCCCAAAGUAACCGUGCUUCCCGGAUUGAUGUUUAUUACCGUUGCUAUAAAGGCAUACUUGAUGACCGCCCAGUACUUAUCAAGAAAGGAAAAUACACACUCGAUAUGAAAGAGAUUUGUCGCGACAUAGCGAUCUCAUCGAUGGUUAGUGGUCAUAAGAACUUCCUCAAGCUAUUGGGAUGUUGUCUUGAGUUCACUCCCCCUGUCUUAGUUUUUGAGUAUGCAGAGAUUAUAACUCUUGGUCCGCUGCUUGUAUCUCAUCCGAGAAAUCUGAGGAGGAUAAAGAUAGCAAGAGAGGUCGCAAACUCUUUGACUUAUCUUCAUACCGCAUUUUCAAGAGUUUUCAUCCAUUCGAAUCUAGAUCCUUUUACCAUUUUCUUAGAUGGAAAUGGGGUCGCAAAGCUCGGGAAUUUCUGCAACUGUAUCACAAUUCCAGAAGGAGAGACAUUUGUUCAUGAUGAUACAUUACAGAAAUACCAUGAGUUUAGGCACAUUACAUUAAAGGGAACCCAUGGACUUGGUGUAUGUAACUUACCGGUCAUUGAUCCCGACUGCAAAUCAACCGGUAAUGUCACGACAAAGACUGAUAUGCACAGCUUUGGAGCAUUCAUGCUAGCUCUUGUCCAGAUAAGGGAAGUUGAUGAUGAGCUAUCUCUAUCUUCGGAUAUGCUGAGAGCAUUAUCUGAUUUGUUCAUCAAACCUUAUGAUGAUGUUCGCUAUGUUCGCUUCCCGCUUCACCAUCAUAUUUCUAAGAUACUGAGGAAGUUUGGGUAUGCAGAGGUUGUAGAUUCAGAUAUGAGUGAGGUAGCUGUUUGGCCAGUUAAAGCCUUUCUUAGAUUAGCGUUGAGAUGCAUUGGAUGCAACUUGGGAGACCCGUUGAAUAGCAUGAUUCAAGUGGCGAAAGAGCUCAGGCUGAUUGAGAAAUCUGCAUAUUAUCCAUCAAACUGCAGGCAAAUGAGCACCAUAUGACAAGAUUUUUUUUGUAUCAGUAAUUUAAAGCCAGGAAUGCUAUUGACAUUGUAGCUUCAGUCUCAAAACAUUAACAUUCAAAUCUUUCCCGAUAGAAAAGGCAAAAAGUUCACAGA